GGCUGUCAGCUGACAGUCUCGCAAUUUUCGCUUUCCAAAACUAAAACCAAGGCACUUAUUUCGAUUUUCCAAGAGAAAAAACGUCAGGCACCAUACAACAUGGGCUUGAAAUACGCGAUCAAAAGCUAGUUAUAGCUGAAAUAUUGCUCUAAUUGUAGUGUUAUUGUUAUAGUUUUGUUUUAUAUGUACAUUGUGUAACUCUUAAAUUAGUCUAAAAUGGAUACGUAUAUCUUAGACCUCGGUUAUGGCGUUUGUUGAUCAUUAAAAAUUUCGUUCGGUUUAUAAUUUCCUUCUAUUUGAUGUCCGAUUUUCGUUAGUGAUCGUUUAUUUUGUUCGUGUUUUCGUGUAUACCCGAAAUGGUGAAGGAAAAGCCUAAUUCAAUACGGAUCUACGACGACGAGGGGUUCAGACGGCGCGCUGCUUGCAUAUGCGUACGGUCUGACGCCGAAACGGAGGUGUUGUUAGUGACAUCGUCGCGCCGGCCUGACAACUGGAUUGUUCCCGGCGGCGGGGUUGAGCCGGAGGAAGAACCCUCUGUGACGGCAAUGCGGGAGGUUCUAGAGGAAGCUGGCGUUAUUGGAAAGCUUGGCCGUUGUCUUGGUGUUUUCGAAAACCGCGAACACAAGCACAGGACUGAAGUAUACGUGAUGACCGUAACACAGGAGUUGGCGGAGUGGGAGGACUCCCGUCUAAUGGGGCGCAAACGACAGUGGUUCUCAAUCGACGACGCUCUCGCCCAGCUAGCGCUACACAAGCCAAUUCAACGGCAUUAUUUACAACAGCUCAAGCGAUCCAAACAGACCAAGCCGGACGACAGCUAAACGCUUUAUAGGAACUAGGGGGAUGUGUGAAAUCUCUUGAUGCAUAUUUAUUCAAAUAAUUCUGAUUGAAAGAUGUUAGUGGUCAAAUUUCAAUCACUUUUAGUGUUAGAUGAAAUAUUCAGUAUCUAAAAAAUUAUGGCAAUAUUCAUAUAUUGUGAAUUCGUCAAAUAUCAAACAUGAGCUCAACAGAACUCGCAAUUUAGAUGAUUCUGUAAAUCAUUUGGUUUAAUUACAACAAAAAUGACCUUAUCAGACAUUGGAGAAAUAGUACCACAUUGUAAGUUACCAUUUUGUAUACAAAAUCCUAUCUGUAUCGAUUAUCAAAUAACGUCAUAGGGAACUUUAAAUUGAUCAAAAUAUCUGAUUACAAUACUUGAACGAAGUGACGAAUUUGAAGUAAUGUCAUGGAUGUGACAAGAUUAUACGAUAUGGUAUAUUCAUAAAUAUUUUUUAGUCACCCUGUUAAUGCGAGGAGGGUGAGCUAAGUUGACCUUUGACUACCGAACAAAUUUGGAGAAGUGGAACAAUAACACAAACUAACUUCUUAGUAGAAUCGAAUGUGAGAUUUUAUAAAGAAAUAGAUAUGCAUUCUGAGAUUUUGUACAACAAUUACAAUCUAAGGUACUCUAGCUUUUCCGUAGCUAUAUUUUAUUGGAAUAGCUUGUGUCCGCAUUUGAGUGAGUUCAGGAGGCUUGAAAGUGUUUUGUGAGCCCGAGAAUAGAAGUCAAUUUAAAUUCUUAAUGCAUUAAGCUCGGUGUGACUUGAUAUCGAAUGAAACUAUUGAGUUAAUGAAGACCCUUAAAUCGUUGCCUUUUACUAUUAAAAUCAUUGACAUAAGGAAGUGAAAUAAUUUUUAGCGCUUUAUUUGGUAAAGCACUGUCACUAUCGAAUUAUUUUGUUUUGUUGAACAGAGAAAAGUAAUUUCUAAUAAGUUAAUAGUCUGAUUUCUCUUAUAAUUAUGUGAGGUAUUUUAUUGACUCGAUUCAUUGAUAUCGAUGCAUACUAGGGCUGAGACUUUUCUGGGGAUGUACCGUCAUGUUUUGCAAAUAACAUCAUUUUAUUGUAUGUUUGCUGUGUAAUAUUCUGAAAGCCUUCAUGAUCCCACUUACUAGUCCGUUUUCAGAAACCAUACUGUUAAUCAGCUUUUUCACUGCUGUGAUAUGAAUAAUUUGUCACGGUACAUCCCAAGAUCCCGUGAUAACCAUACGAAACAUUUGCACUAACGAUUCCUAACAAUUGCCCCCUAGUUCGAACUCAGCACUGCCUCUCGAAUGCGGUGCCGUCUUAUUUUAACCCGUUAUUAGACUUGUCCAACGUUAGUUAUUAUUGAGAUUAUUCAUGUUCCAUCGGGCGAGUCCCGCAAUGCGUAUGGAAAUUGCGUCGUAAUUAAGAAAAUAUUGUAACUUAUAAAAAGUUCUCAACGCUUAGGAAUGUGUCAAUUUGAAACGUUUUUGUUGGAACUAUAUCUUUGUGUUCGUAAACGUAAGGAUCAUUUAGAAAUGUUUUUAUAUCGGAAUCAGUACGAAACCGUUCCUAUGGGUACUGUGGUUUUGGCUUCUGAAAUGUGUGAGACGAUUGAAAAUUUUGUGAAAACCCUCUAUGUUCGACUUUCGUUGAGAAAUAAGUGAAAAAUGUGCACUACUGAUUCAAAUUCGUUUCAUCUGUCAGUAAUUGUCGCAAAUCUAUCUAACAAUACAUCGAACUUAGCGACAUUAGAGUCGUUUAAGAAUUAUAUACUGCGAGAUCGUCAGAUCUAUUCAGGCCAUGUGACAGUAGCUUCUGACAUUGCCUUGUAUAAAGACCGACACCUGACAGACGUUAUGUCAUUUCAAUUGUAGUAAAAAGUCCUCGUCUCGAAGCCAGUAGAACACAACAUUAACAACGCAAUACACUAAUCACGUCGCUUAAACGUUACAAUAACCUAAUAGGUCUAUAAUCUUAAAACUUUAUAAAGCAGAACCAAAAGAUGAUUUCUUGUGUCGAACUGAGGACUCAUAAAAUUUGUCAAGUUAAAAUAAAUCGGAGUCGUAAUUAUUUUAUUUGAAUCUUGAAUAAUUGCAUUCGCUCGCAUGUCGCGGUUUCAUUUCAAAAUCCUAUUCGUCUUAAACAUUUUAAUAUUAAUGAGAAAUUGGACAUGUCUGGUGGAGUUAAUGAUAUUUUUGAUUUAAAUAUAAGCGCUAGAUAAUUAGUUGCUAUUUGUACCUAUCUGGAUAUAGAAAAAUUAUUUUUGUAAAUAACAUAUUCUGGUGUUUUAAUAAAAUAUUCAUGAAUGUGUUUUGAAUUAUUAUCAUUCGAAUGCCGUUGCAGAAAAUGUUUUACUUUACACAGAUUCAACGAAUUAAUAAUUAAAUACACAUUCUCUUUCGUGUGUAAUACUUUAAGUCGGGCGUAGAGUAAGGCGGUACUGUAUGUUGUCUACCCGUGAGGACGUAGACGUCUGUGGUCGGUAUCAAAGCGUAUCGGUCUCUGUGGACACGUAUUAUAACAUCUUUUUUUCUACUUACGUAUUUUUUAUACAGCAAUGAAAUAUUAAUUUUAUUUUGUUAGCAUUAAACAAAAGACAUACAAUCUCUAUAUUAUUUAAAUGAAUUCAUUUAAGAUUCCCGAUGAGUUUAAUAAUAAAUUUUAUAUUGCUCUUCU